AUGGUCACUAACCUCUUUCAUACUUCCCCAGUACCCAAAGCAACCGAAAAGUCGAAACCAUCCGAAGGUGGUGAUACUGAGACAGAGGCGAAAGCCAGACGACGUGAGCAAGUUAGGCGUGCUCAGAGGACACAUCGAGAUCGAAAAGCCACAUAUGUCAAGACGCUGGAGGCAGAAGUGGCCAAACUUCGAGCUCGCGAUUCGGCCCACGAAGCCCAACUGCAAGCGUGCCGCAACGCCAUCCGCCGGCUCAAAGAACUGAUCAAGUAUCACAAGAUUCCCUUGCCGCUGGAUUUGGCAUCAGAUCCUCAUAUCCAGAGCCCGCAGGCCACCAUCGAACUGCUUGGCUUUCCGGACUCCCGGACGCAGCACAUUCGGGCGCAGUUGCCCCCGGAAUCCGACUCGGGCUUUCUGGUGUAUGCACCACCGGCACCAAAUAUAUCAACCUCGUCCGACCUCCCCUACAACACCCUUCAUUCCGGCUCUACCACUUCUUCUAGCGAUCUAUUUUCCGGCUUGACCGUCAGCGAGGCUCCCACUAGUCUCCACGAACCCAGCAUCUACUCCCAAACCGCAAGCGUGCCCCCAAUUUCAACACCCAUGCAGCACCCACAAGGCCUCGGCGCUACGCAGGUGGGAGUUGAUUUCGUGCUUGCACUUGAACACGUCUGUUUGGAACACCACGCCGCACAUGCCACAGCCGACGACGGCUCGGGACACGAAAUGAUGCUCAUGUCUCCCAUAAUGUGGCAUUCGCCCGCCCGCACUCAACCCGCCCAGCCUGCCACAGCAACUCACCAACCUUCAUCGACAGCAGUCAACACGGGAUCUGGGCUGCCGAGCGGAACAAGAUGGAGUGUCCCUGCCGUGGAGUUGGAAAAACUACUUGAUUUCUCUGAUAAACUGUCGCUGGAUGGGGAGAUCACACCGGUAGAAGCGUGGCAGAGGGUCCGCCAGCAUCCGAAUUUUGGGGACUUGACAAGAGACGGACUUGAGGCGCUGAAAGCGACCUUGCUGCCUGAGGUGCAUUGUUACGGGUGA